UGUAUGUUGAGGUUAUACAAAGUGCAAAAACAUACUAUUCCACUAGACCAGUUCAGUGUUUGAAAGAGGGAACACAAUACUACAUAAAAACAGAUCAAACUCUAUUUCAUUGUCUCCACAAAUCUCUUGCAAACAAGUCAUCAUGGGUCAGGUGUGUGAUUGGAACUAGCUAAUAAAAUGUCAUGAGAAAUGAGGGUUAGGGAUAGAUCAUGGGGUGUGUGUUUGGAAGAGAGAUUUCGUCUUCUGGGCCACCGAGUUCUGAGAUUGUUGUAGAUAAAAGAAGAGAUAGAGAUAGAGACAGGGAUUCGAAUGUCGAGUCUGGGAGAAAAGAAAAGGCUUUAGUAGUGAACCCUGAUAGUAGUAAUAAUGAGGGUCAGGAAUCGCAAAAUGGCGCGGUGGUGAAAAAGGGUGGUGAAAAAGAUGGGAGUGUGAGGCAAAGAGGAGAGAGAAGGCGGUCGAGACCUAAUCCGAGAUUGAGUAAUCCAACCAAGAAUAUUCAUGGUGAACAAGUGGCUGCUGGCUGGCCAGCUUGGUUGUCUGCUGUUGCCGGUGAGGCGAUCAAUGGCUGGAUUCCGAGAAGGGCUGAUACUUUUGAGAAAAUUGAUAAGAUUGGGCAAGGCACAUACAGUAACGUGUACAAAGCUAAGGAUACUAUGACAGGAAAAAUAGUUGCAUUGAAGAAGGUCCGGUUUGAUAAUUUGGAGCCUGAGAGUGUGAAAUUUAUGGCCAGAGAGAUUUUGAUAUUACGUCGUUUAGAUCAUCCCAAUGUUGUGAAAUUGGAAGGGUUGGUGACAUCAAGAAUGUCUUGUAGUUUGUAUCUUGUUUUCGAGUACAUGGAGCAUGAUUUGGCUGGUCUUGCUGCUAGUCCUACAAUCAAGUUUACCGAGCCUCAAGUCAAGUGUUACAUGCAUCAAAUCUUGUCUGGGCUUGAACACUGUCACAAUCGUCAUGUGUUGCAUCGGGAUAUUAAGGGUUCAAAUCUUCUUCUUGAUAAUGAUGGAAGUUUAAAAAUUGCUGAUUUCGGUUUGGCCACCUUUUUUGAUCCUAAUCACAAGCAGCCAAUGACUAGCCGGGUCGUUACAUUAUGGUAUAGACCACCCGAGCUUCUUCUUGGCGCCACUGAUUAUGGUGUAGGCAUUGAUCUCUGGAGUGCAGGGUGCAUUUUAGCAGAGUUAUUGGCUGGGAAGCCUAUCAUGCCCGGUCGUACAGAGGUAGAGCAGCUUCAUAAGAUUUUUAAGUUAUGUGGCUCUCCUUCUGAUGAAUAUUGGAAAAAGUCCAAGCUCCCACAUGCAACCAUAUUUAAGCCCCAACAGGCAUACAAACGGUGCAUAGCAGAAACAUUUAAAAAUUUCCCAUCAUCAUCAUUGCCAUUGAUUGAUACCCUUCUUGCCAUUGAUCCUGCAGACCGUCAAACUGCAACAGCUGCUUUGAGAAGUGAAUUUUUUAUGACAAAACCUUAUGCUUGUGACCCUUCAAGCCUUCCAAAAUAUCCACCGACCAAGGAGAUGGAUGCCAAACUACGUGAUGAAGAAGCGAGAAGGUUGCGAGCUGCUGGUAGAACCAAUGCUGAUGGAGUGAAGAAGACUCGCACACGUGAAAGACCUGCACGGGCUAUGCCUGCUCCAGAAGCCAAUGCUGAGCUGCAAGCAAACAUUGAUAGACGGCGGUUAAUUACACAUGCUAAUGCAAAGAGCAAAAGUGAGAAAUUUCCUCCACCCCAUCAGGAUGGCACACUGGGUUACCCAUUGGGUUCUUCACAUCACAUGGAUCCAACUUUUGAUCCUCCAGAUGUCCCGUUUAGUUCCAAUUUUUCAUAUGCCAAACCACCUAUCCAGACAUGGUCUGGUCCUUUGGCUGAGCCUGCUCCUACAGGUCGUUCACGCAGAAAAAAACACGAUUCAUCUUCAAAGCAUAACUAGACUUUUCGUGUGGUCAAACCCACUUGAUACAGAAGGCUGGAUAUGUUGCUGGACCGAAAAAGCAUGCCGGGUUACCCUUUUACAUGUAGAAUGCAGAGGUAAAGUAUUUUGUUCGAGUUUCUUGUUCAAUUCUUAAUUUAUGGGAUGGCGAGAAAGCUCCUUUCGAGUACUGUACAUGUUCAUCUUUUUUGCCUUUUUGUGUUGGAACAACUCUGGGUAGGUUAAUUAAACAUACAACUAUUGAACAAAUGCUCGAAUAUUCAACUAUAUUAAUCGCAAUGUGCUAUUUUUAAGCUAUUGUCAA